CUUUUGACCCUACAUCAACACAACCUCCUCAGCAUCUAGCAAAUCUCUUGUUUUUGACUGAGAAGAACUGUAAGCCUGGGAACACACCCCACGUUAUAGUAAAUCCAGCAAUAGUGCCACAAUGGAGUCCAGAAAUGUGAUGCCCGUGUUAUCGCAGCCAGUGCGUGCUAAGAGUUUGUUGCGAGCAAACCUCGAGAGACCCAGCGUAGUUCUCCGCAGCAGAAUGCCCAACAUUAAGGUCUUCAGCGGCACGUCUCAUCCCGAUCUUGCUCAGCGGAUCGUGGAUCGCCUGGGCAUUGAUCUUGGGAAAGUCGUCACGAAAAAGUUCAGCAACUUGGAAACAUGUGUGGAGAUUGGAGAGUCCGUCCGUGGGGAGGAUGUGUACAUUGUCCAGAGUGGCAGUGGGGAGGUGAAUGACAACCUGAUGGAGAUGCUCAUCAUGAUCAACGCCUGUAAAAUUGCUUCAGCGUCGAGAGUUACUGCUGUUAUUCCAUGCUUCCCGUAUGCACGACAGGACAAGAAGGACAAGACUGCUGGUGACGGAAAACCUGUGGUCGAACCUGUCCUCAAGAAUAACGAUUGGAAGUUCAGGAGCCGUGCCCCCAUCUCAGCAAAGCUGGUCGCCAACAUGUUGAGUGUUGCUGGUGCUGAUCACAUCAUCACCAUGGACCUACAUGCUUCUCAAAUUCAAGGAUUUUUUGAUAUCCCGGUUGACAACUUGUAUGCUGAACCAGCUGUUUUAAAAUGGAUCAAAGAGAACAUUGCUGAAUGGCGUAAUUCCAUUAUUGUUUCACCUGAUGCUGGUGGUGCCAAAAGGGUAACUUCUAUUGCUGACCGUCUUAAUGUUGAAUUUGCCUUGAUCCACAAAGAGCGCAAGAAGGCCAAUGAGGUAGCAUCCAUGGUUUUGGUCGGUGAUGUCAAGGAUCGUGUAGCCAUUCUUGUUGAUGAUAUGGCCGACACUUGUGGUACUAUUUGCCAUGCCGCAGAAAAGCUUUUGGAGGCUGGUGCUACUCGGGUGUAUGCAAUUUUGACACAUGGUAUCUUCUCUGGGCCUGCUAUCUCGAGGAUUAACAAUGCCUGUUUUGAAGCUGUUGUGGUCACAAACACUAUCCCUCAAGAUGGACACAUGAAAGACUGUCCCCGCAUUCAGUGCAUUGAUGUUUCGAUGAUGUUUGCUGAAGCCGUGAGGAGAACACACAAUGGAGAAAGUGUGUCCUAUCUUUUCUCCAAUGUUCCAUACUAAGUACCUGAUGACCUGAUGGACUCGUGCUGACAUAAGUUCAGUUUUAUCACACCUGACCACCCCUAUGCACUGAUAUGAUCACUCAUUUUCUAAUUUGGAUUCACAUUUGAAAGUUUGAGAGCGGGUGUUCUAACAAGAAGUAGUGGUUUGAACAGUUCAGAUGAAAGGUUUUCAGGUGAUUUUGACAGUUUUCCUUCAGAAUGGCUGUCAUUUAUGAUCAUGGAAGAAAUUUGUGCCAUAAAUUGAAGUUGAAUAUUCUGUGCCACCCUUACUUGAAGAGGCUUGUGGAUGCUGUCACUGUUUGAUCAUGUGACUUAGAUAUUUGAAACUUCACUGCAUCAGUUUUUAUAUUCUUUGCAGACAAAUUUGUGUCUUUCCAAGGUGUUGUGUUGACAUUCUGGGGGGAUUCUAAAUGUUCUGUCAGCAUAGGGCCAAGUUAUUCAUAUGUAGUUUAUGCACUCCUCUUGUAGAGGGUAUGUCAUUGGCUGUGAGUUUGUGUGGAGCCAUUAUGGCUCAUGUUACUACUUAGGAUCGAAUUUGGCUUGUAUGUUAGUUGAUGUGAAAUUAUGUUGGUUGAUUAUUUGUCUACAAAUUUUGCAGCUUGAAUGUUUUGGUGUGUAGAAAUGUGGGUUUUGUUUGGCUUCGGCAUGGAUUGUGGCCUUCAGACUUGAUUGUUGUGUUCAGAUCAUUAAUGUUUUGAACCACUAAAUGUAGGCUGCUUUCUAUCUGGACAUUUUGCAGUAAUUAGUUAUUAAAUGUAAUAACAGAAAUUUCCACAAGCUUGUUUUACCUCUUCACUAUUUUUUUUUCCAAAAUCAAAAAUGUCUGUUACUUCUAGUACUGAUCAGUAUUUGUUAGGAAUUGAAAGCAAAUGAUGUAACAGCUAUUACAAGCUGGACAAAAUGUUUUUAUCUGUUUUUAUGUGUGACUGUCCUUUAAGGAACUUGAAUCUUGUAUCAUUAAUCUUGAGUAGGUAAGGUUCUACUUACCUUUCUAGAAUCAGAUAUAUAUUUAUAUAUAUUGCAGCUUUACAUUUCUGUUGAAAGUAUCAGUGCAUGACAAAAUGAAUAUCUUCCACAAUUGACUUAUUUUUUGUUUUGUUAAAUAACAUUGUUAUUGGUUGAUGGCAAAACAUGAAAUAAUUUUAGAUCGUUGCAUAAUAAAAUUUAUGAGAUUUUAGCUCUAAUGUUCCAACUGUAGAAUGUGUUCUAGUUUUUGUGAAAAACUUGACUUUGCUCUGAAGUUCAUCAUACAAUAUGUAUAAACUAGCUACAAUAAAUGUGAUGAAAUUUUCA